CUCAUCGGACAGUCAUUGAAAUAUACGCUUUAAAGUAGAACGUGUUGUUCCUAGUAUUGAAAUGGGUAUCGGUGAAGUAAAUAAGGAUUUAAUUAAAGAGAGAGCAAAGUGCACUUUUAAUGUGACAGAGUUGACAUACUUUUUGGAUGGCGGGAAAGAUAAGACUUUGGAGAGGAAGGAAAGAGAAAGGGUAAUGUUGACUAAACGAGAGGAAUUAUUCGGUGGGACUCCAGACGAAUAUCUAAGCCAUAAAGAGAAAUACGAAAACUCAACGCGGAAAGCUGUCAUUCUGUUCAGCUUACUUCGUAAAAUACAAGAGGAAAAUAAUACGGACCUUACGAAUUACAGGAACCUUUUAAGUGGUGUGCUUGGUGCUUCUAUUUCUCAAGAUGGAUCACCAUUUGGCUUGCAUUACAUAAUGUUCAUGCCGGUGUUCAUGAGUCAGGCAGAUGAGGAACAACAAGAGAGAUGGCUACAUCGAGCUCUAAACUGCUCAAUUAUUGGGAGUUACGCUCAGACUGAACUUGGCCAUGGAACCUUCAUUCGUGGUCUGGAGACAACUGCCACCUAUGACCCGUCCACUCAGGAGUUUGUGUUACAUAGUCCAACCCUCACUUCCUACAAAUGGUGGCCUGGAGGAUUGGGGAACACAGCGAAUUAUUGCAUCGUGAUAGCCCAGCUGUACUCCAAGGGAGAGUGCCAUGGCAUCCACUCCUUCAUCGUCCAGGUUAGAGACGAAGACACCCACAUGCCACUACCAGGGAUCAAGGUCGGAGAGAUCGGAGUCAAGAUGGGACUCAACGCAGUCAAUAAUGGGUUCAUAGGCUUCGAAAACGUCAGGAUACCAAGGACUAACAUGCUGAUGAAACAUGCGAAAAUUUUGGAGGAUGGAACGUAUGUGAAAUCUAAGAAUAGCAAGUUGAUCUACGGAGCCAUGGUGUUCGUGAGAGUGGUGAUAGUGUUUGAUUCAGUUAAUUACUUGGCGAAGGCCAUCACUGUUGCUACUCGGUACUCUGCUGUUAGGAGGCAGUCGCAGCUGAAGGAAGGGGAACCAGAGCGUCAGAUCCUGGACUACGUGACGCAACAAGACAAGAUAUUAACCGCGAUAGCUGGUUGCUUUGCUAUGAAGAUGAACGCGAGGAUGUUGUGGGACACCUUCAAUGUCAUUAAUGACCAGCUGCACAAAGGAAAUAUGGAAAGAUUAGGAGAGUUGCACGCCCUAGCAUGUUGCCUCAAAGCUAUAAGUACUAGCGACUCGUCGCUGUUCACGGCGCGAUGUCGCGUGUCGUGCGGCGGGCACGGGUACAUGGUGUCGUCCACCCUGCCUGCCACGUCCGCGCUCACCACCGCCUCCUGCACCUACGAGGGAGACAACACUGUACUGCUGCUGCAGACUGCCAGGUUCCUAUUGAAGACAUGGCGACAGAUCGAUACUGGUCCACUGACUCCUACAGUGGAAUACUUGAAGACUGUCUCCGCUCCAGGAUUCUCAUACAAAUGGGAAAAUUCUAUCGAAGGCAUCAUUAGAGGAUUCCAAAUAGUCUCUAUGAAGAAAAUAUCUUCGUGUUUAAAUUUAAUGACAGCAAAAGUAAUGUCCGGGAUGUCUCAAGCAGAUGCGUGGAACACAAUAUCUAUACAAUUAGUUUCAGCUGGAGAGUCACAUUGCCGCGCGAUAGUGAUCUCUACGUUCCACGAGGACAUGUCGAAAGCAAUGAGGAGUAUGUCUGCAUCACUAGCGGAGGUGAUGGGGCAGCUCGUGGAAUUAUACGCGGUGUACUGGACUCUGGAGAGGCUCGGGGAUCUUUUAGAGUAUACAUCCAUUUCGGGCGCCGAUGUAGUGAAACUAAGGUCUUGGUACGAAGAGUUGCUGAGAAAAAUUCGACCUAAUGCCGUUGGACUUGUGGACGCUUUUGAUAUAAUUGAUGAGUUACUUCAGUCUACCCUGGGUGCGUACGACGGUCGCGUGUACGAGCGUCUGAUGGAGGAGGCGCUGAAGAGUCCUCUGAACGCGGAGCCAGUCAACCAGAGCUUCCACAAGUACCUCAAGCCGUUCAUGCAGGGGAAACUGUGAUAGAACGUACAUACAAAAAUAUACCUUGUUUUUCUAAUCUUAAAGUAGAUUAUUCUUUAUUGAAUUGUUUAUACUCGAAAGUGAUUUUAAAACUAUCUGUGAUGGGUUUUAUAUGUCAUGCAAAUUGUGUUGAUUUAAUAUAUUUUCUAAAAAAUU